CAUUGCAACAACCUGCAGCGGUCAGUGCACACUGCUGAGUGCAAUCGGUGCCCCCGGAGCACCCCGGGGAGCAACACUGAGCCUCGAGCUUCCUUUAAGCUCACGUAGACAUUGGUGAAUGCAUUUUGAAAGCACAUCAUCCUGCAAGUAGAAGCCAUGGCCAGCGCAGGUGGAGCACAGGAUGGGGUUUGGGAGCAUUUGCUGAGCCCAGGGAGCCCCCAGCAGAGCCGGGAUAUGAGAAUGGAGCCCAGCAGGCCCCCACCGCUGCCAGGGAAAGCUCGGAGGGCCAUGGCACGAGCCCGCUGUGCCAGCCUGGACCUGGGGGGCUCUAUGGUGAACAUGCCCCUAUUGGACACCCUGGAGGAGCACCCACCUCAGACCCCAACCUCAGACCUCAUCUACAGCAACGUGGGAGAGCUGCGCGCCCACCUCGUCCCCACCAAGGCCAGCCGAGGGGAUGGAGCCAGGAGAGCCCCCCCACAGCCCGGCCACGACCCCCUGCCUCCCCCCUUGCCCCAAAAGCAGCUUCAGAGAGCUGAGUCCCUCCCUGAGCAGGGCACAUGGAAGCCCUAUGGCCGAGACCCCCAGCCACAGCUCAGCAGCUCUUGGUCUCAACACAAAGAUGGGGCACCCAAAAAGCCCCUGACCAAGUCACAUAGCCUGGGGGAGACCCGGGGGGUGUUUCUGAUGCCCAACCCGGCAGAUCUGACAUUUAGAACAGGGGAUGCAGUGCUAAGCCCGAUCCUGCAGGGUCUGGAGGACCGGACAGGGCUGUGCGACCUCAUGGUGGGCUGUCAUGCUGCUGGCCUGACCCGGCUGUGUGCCCGUGCUAUGGAGGGGCUAAUGGGGUCCUGGGAGGGGCUGCAGACUAAGCUGGCAGGGCAAGGCUGGGCUGCACUCAACGUGCUGCAGGGGGAGCCGUGCUGCCAGAGCGGGGAUGCCUGGUAUUACCGUGUGGGGGUCACCUUUAGGAAUGAACAGCUGGAGCUCGCAGCCAAGGUCCUCAAGCCAGGCUGCUGCACCAAAGAAAUAGAGAGCUCCCUUGGAUCACACUGCAGCAUCCAGCGCAUCAUCAGCCGCUUCACUGACCGUCUCCCAGGGGCAUUGGUCCUCCCAGGUCACCCCAGCAAACAGGGACUGUCCCCAGGCUGCCCUGCUGUUCCCCGUGUCCUGCAGGUCCUCCUGUCUCCAGAUGUGCCCUACCAGACCCUGGCGGGGUUUGUGGAGAGCUCCCAUGCACUGCAUAGGAGCAGCCCUGGGCACUAUGAACGCCUGGCAUGUCUGCUCCUCCUGCAGCUGUGCACGGGGCUGGAGCACCUCAGGGUGCAGAAUAUGGGGCAGGGUGAUAUCUGCCCUGAGAACCUGUUGUUGGUGCAGUGCCCACGUCCCUAUGACAGCCAGCAGGACAAGGAGGGAUCCGUGGGGCUGUCCCUUCCAAGGCUGCUCAUCAGCAACUUCUUCAAGGUGAAAGACAAGACCAGACCUUGUUCCACCAGCCAAGAGUGGGACUGGACCAAAGGGUCUGCUGCUCUCACCACCCCGAUGGCAGAUGAGCUGAACGUUGGCAUGUUGAUCUAUAAGAUACUGCACGUGGAUAUCUCUCUGGAAAAUGCUUUGGAUCUGAGAAGCGAUCAGCUUCCUGCAAUCCCCUCCCUGUCCAUCUAUUCCACGGGACUCAAGCAUUUGGCCACUCUGCUUCUCCACCGAGAUCCAUGCAAGAGGGUCUCCAUCAGGGAAGCCAGGCACAUCCUGCAGGUCCUGCUCUGGGGGCCUCGCCAGGAGCUAUUUGCUAAGAGCAGGAAGACGCUGGUCCUGCUGCAGAGCUGGUUGGAGAUGAAGAGGGCUCUGCUGCUGCUAAAGCUGGCCGAGGGGAGCCCUGGCCUCGAGGAGUGGCUGUGCUGCCAGUACUUUGUGGAGGCCACCGAGCACAUGCUCUACCAGGUCACCCAGACUCUUUACACGCCAUAA